GAAAACGCACUUUGACAUCAUCCCGUUUGAUAUUGAGCUAUUAAACUAUUAUUGACACAUGGUUUAUAGAUUCUGUGUAAAGUGUUGUAAAAGGUGAGAAAUCGAGAUGUCGAAUAAAACGCAAACAAACAUUUGACUUCCUGAAGUGACUGAAUUCAGCUGCUGCUCGCGCUCAGAUUUGCGAACCGCAUGGCCCGCCUCAGCGAGCAGUACAUAUCCCCAAACUCUCCAGAGGAGAAUGACGAAACCAGGAGUGAAGAGUUCGAGUCGGGACUUCUGCCAGACCUCCACAACAACAAGAACCAUCCCACAACCUUUUCAAGAACAACAGAAGAACGUCACAUGAUCCACCAACAUGACACAGUCAGCCAUCAUCUACCACACCAUCUGUCUGCAAAAUACGGCCAUCAGACACCCUACCCCAGCUGGGAGGAUCCAGAAAGAGCCAAUCCUGACGUCUGGCAGUACUCGGGUUACAGAGCUGGUUCUCCUCACAGUCUACCCUCUUGCAUCUACCAGACCAUCUCAGAUGGUGGUUCGUUCUAUCCCAGCAGACCUCACUCGCUUCCAGGCAGUUGUAGUGUGAGUCUCACUGGUCUAGAACAGCCCAGAUCUCUGCAUUCAAUUCCUCCAUUGGCACAUACACACCCUCACCUCUCGGCCUCUUACCCCAGUCCAUACCUUCAUCCACCAUGCUGCAGUCAGUAUGGUCCACCUCAGCACCAUGUGGCUCCUGUGCAUCACUGCAGCUCCAAGCCUGGACAUCACCUGCCGAAUGGACACUCAGGCCUGGCACACUACAGACAAGUGGAUACACGCUUUUCUGAAAACAGGAAUGCAUCUCCAAAAUGCAAACCGGCCGGUCCCAGUAUCACUCACCUUUCUCAAGAGCAGAGGAAAGUUUUUGUCACAUAUGAGGCCGACAACGAAGAGCAUUUGAAGGAGGUCAUCAAGUUUGUAGCUUUGCUCAGGAACAACGGUUUCGACACACAUAUCGAUGUUUUUGAGCAACAACUGAACAGCAUCAGUAAAAUUGACUGCAUGGAGAGAUACCUCAAUGAAAAAGACUACCUGAUUAUCAUCAUCAUUAGCUUGAGAUAUUACGAGACCAUAACAGGCAUUAAUAUGGACAAUGACGAGCGGACAUCAGACACCAUGUACAUUCACAAACAGCUACAAAGUGAAUUCAUUCAGAACGGCUGCAGGAACUACAGAUUCAUUCCUAUUCUCUUCCCUGGAGCCAAGAAGAGUUACGUUCCCACUUGGCUGCAGAAUACUCAUAUCUACAGCUGGCCCAAAGAUCGAGACGAUAUUCUCCGCAGGUUAAUGCGCGUGGAGAAAUAUAAUCCUCCUCCAAUCGGCUCUCUGCCUACAAUCGUUUCAAUUCCCCUGUAGCGUCAACAGGCAAAAUCUUAUGUCUUUUGACAUGGAAAUACAUGGGCUGUGUUCGGGAUACCAUGCUACUCAUACUACUUCUGCAGUAUGUAGUACGUAUAUUGGGCCUCAUUCAUGAAACAUGAGUAGAAUAAAUUUCUGUGUAAUCGUUUGUCAAAUCAUUCUUGCAUAAAUCACACUUGAGUUUAAUUGUUUUCGCGAACAAUUAGUUCUGCUCAUAUUUCUCGAAUGAGACUCACUGUGCACAGCGCACACAUUUACAGAAUAAGAUAUUUUGCUGAAAUGUGCGGCAUUUUAAGAGCACACCACGAGGAAUACUGUAGCACGCAAUGCCCUCAAUUUGGCUUUCCAUUUCCAGUUUUCCAGACGAAUGAAAGAUCAACUGUUAUUUUAAACAUCUUGUUCUCUGCUCAUUUGACCAGACUGCCAACAGUUCAGACAUUUUGACACAAAAAUUUAUUAAAAAUGCAAAAUAACCGACCGUAUUUGCUUCUGAGGAUAACUGGCUGCCACUCCCUGAAUUAAACAUGUAGUGAGAUUAUGUGACAACAGUAAUGGCAUACUGUACUAUUUUUGGAAAUAUUUGUUACAUACUGUUUCACAUACUAUUUAAAAAUAAAAUACUCUGUAACAUACAGUAAGCAGUACACAAAAUCUACCAAACAAGACCACAGAAAUUGAAAAAAAAAAAAAAAAAAAAAGUACCAAAAAGUUGUCCAUUGUUAAUUUAAAUAAAACGUCAUUAAAAUCCAUGAUUGUUAAGUGCAAUCUGGUGUAAAAAAAAAAGUGAGUCAGAAAUGAAUAAAUUAUGAUACUUUAAGAAAUGAUAGAUUUGAUAAUAUUAUUCUAAAUAUUUUGCAUUUUUUAAACUAUUUUGUGAAUCAAAAGAGUGAUUGAGGACGUUUCUGUUAAACUGUGACUUAAAACUGUGACUAUAAAAUGAAACAUUGUUUCGAAAAGUAGCUAAUUAUCAUUUUGCAGCUAGCAAUAGUCAUGCACAAGCAGAUAUGCACAUUUAUUUAUAGUGUUAUACUUCUCAGAUUUGCUGUUCUGUUCUUUGUGCAGAAUUUCUAAACAUGUUUAAUUGGAUUGCUUAAUAAAUAAUCAUAAAAAUCACAUUUAAACUCUGUGUGGCUUUGUGUCUCUUAAGUGCUGCCUUUUAAGCUGUGCAUCAUUUAUGAAAUUUCAUUGUGUUUUCUGAAAAUAUUUUGUGGAUUUCCAAAUUGAAAUCUUAAUAAAAAUAAGCAAUUAUACAAUAAUACUUGGCUAUGUAUCAAUAAUGGUUGUUUAUUAUGAUCUGCUAAACUGGAGUAGUGCUUGCACAUUAUAUCUGUAACAGAGAUGCAGUGUUUAUUUUACAAGGAUAUUAGUGUUUUAAUACAAGAGCAAAUAUCACCAUUCUUGAACCAGAUCAAAACUAACACUCACAUUGAAUUAAUAAAUACUAUCAAAACUGAAAUUAUUCUCACAAACCUAGUGUAAACAAUGAAAUAGUUACCAUUACUUGCAACUGGUUAGUAUUCUGGAAUCUGAAACGUUUUUCUAUUUUGAUAUAUUUGUAUUAUAAUAUAUGGUUUAAUAAAGGAAUUUACUGUAAUAACCUCACAAAGACCUGGCAAAUUUGAUGUUCCAGUGAAAUGGCGCAUUUCACACCCUGUACAGCAGCAUUUAC